AUGAGUGGUUUGGCUGGGAGCAUGGGCAGCAACGACGACCGUUUCUGGACGCAAGACAAUCCGUUUUCAGACACCUGGGAUCCCAAAUCCAGCGAUUUUGCUCUCGUACCAAGAUAG